AAUGGGCUGGCGAAAAAAAGAUUUAUUGUCCGAUCCAACACUUUAAUGUAGAGCAUUAUUAUUGUGUUUUUACUGACAAACAUACUUAUCUGAAACCAGAUAGUUCAGUUAGUUUAGAUGAUUGUUUUUAAAUAUGUAUUUAAGGUCAGUGGACAUUUCGACAGAAUAUCUUAAUUAUAUUGUUUCAGAAAAGAAAAUGAAGUGUGAUUGCGAUUUUGUGAUCCGGGACAAUCCGCGGCUGGUGGCUCACUAUGACAACUGCAGGCUGUUGUGGAACGAACUGAAUCCGGGAAAAGAGUACCCUAGGAACAACGAUGGAACCAUAAAACUCUUGAACAAGCAUCUUCAGGAGUUAAAAGUAGACAUUCUCUACCACCUCGGACUUGACACGCAAAACUACGACCUGCCAGCUAUAUUCGGAGAUGUUAAGUUUGUCUGCAUGGGCGGCACCAAGUAUCGCAUGCGAGAUUUUGCACAGUACAUAGCCGAAUUAUUGGACCUUCCUGAGAAGAAUAAGAAGCUCGUGAACCUCACCAAACACUCCCAAAGAUACGCCAUGUAUAAAGCUGGACCAGUCCUCUCAGUUAGCCAUGGUAUAGGAGUCCCAUCAAUGACAACGGUUCUUCAAGAGGUGAUCAAGCUGCUAGCAUACGCGAAGGUCAAAGACCCGAUCAUCUUCAGGAUAGGAACGAGCGGUGGUCUGGACAUCCCUCCAGGGUCAGUCGUGGUGACAUCGUUUGGACUCAACGGGAAUCUGGGCAAAACUUUCGAUAUACCAGUGCUGGGCAAAACUCGUCAGUUACCAUCUAUUCUGGACUCUCGAGUGUGUCAGGAAGUACACUCACUAAGUGUGGACAAUGAUGACUUCGGGACUUAUAUUGGAGGGACUAUGGGAGCUGAUGACUUUUAUAUCGGCCAAGGGCGUCUAGAUGGGCCAUUCUGUGACUACACGCAGACAGAUAAAAUGACUUUUCUCAACACUCUGAAGGGCUUAGGCGUCCGCAACAUUGAGAUGGAAGCGAAUGCUUUCGCCGCAUAUACCAGGGCAGCGGGCAUACGAGCCGGUAUCAUCUGUGUCACCUUCUUAAACCGCUUACUCGGCGAUCAGGUUACUCCAAACAAAGCUACUUUAAAAGAAUGGCAGAAACGACCAAUGAUUGUCGUCGGCAGAUAUAUCGAGAAGUAUUUCGAGGACAGAAAAAUGUAAUAAAAAGAACGUCAUAAAAAAUUACUAUACUUAGUAGAAAAUUUGAUUCAGUUUCAAAAUCUUAAAUGCUUCUUAAAACUGACUACCGAUUUCGAUGCUAAAAUGAUUAGACACAAAAUAUUUCACAUGAAAUUAUAUUUCCAAUUAAAUGUCCUGUCUCGUAGCUCUUUGAAAUAAGAUGACGGUGUUGUUCUAAUAAUUAAUAAUCGCUUUUUGAAACAAAUAAAUUUACAAUAAUAGGUAACCUUUUAAGGCAUAUGCUUGCUCUAUUUUAAUAACCAAUACUUAUUUAUAUCUAAUAAACAUCGUAUCUAUAAAUUA